UUUCCUGCCAAACCAGAAUUAGCCGGUAUAGGAAUGAACCAGCGUGGAGAUUUGAAAUUGCACGGAUUGGAAGGAAGCUCAGGGUAGGUUCGGGCACCUCCAGACGCACCCUUUUUAAAGCCACACGGACUGAGGCCUCAAGCUCGAAGCUCCGCAGGACGGAGCUGGCCUGGCAGCGAGCGGCGGAGGCGCCGGGAGCCCGCACAGCGCACAGAGCCCGGCGGAGCGCCGCGCCGCAGGCAGCCGCAUCUCCAGGAUGAUAGGCGACAUUGCAGCGAAUCUCUCCGCCCAGCCGCUCCGGGGGCUCCGAGGGAAACAGCAAGUUCGAAGAUCGGGCCCGGGAGCCGAGUGAGGCCGCCGCCCCGCGGGCUGCGGGCGAAACUCUUGGAAAAUGUAUACAAGUCAUGAAGACAUUGGGUAUGAUUUUGAAGAUGACCCCAAGGAUAAGAAGACACUUAAACCCCACCCAAACAUUGAUGGCGGAUGGGCUUGGAUGAUGGUCCUUUCCUCUUUCUUUGUGCACAUCCUCAUCAUGGGCUCCCAGAUGGCCCUGGGAGUCCUCAACGUGGAGUGGCUUGAAGAGUUCCAUCAGAGCCGUGGCCUGACGGCGUGGGUCAGCUCCCUCAGCAUGGGCGUCACCUUGAUCGUGGGACCUUUCAUCGGCUUGUUCAUCAACACGUGCGGGUGCCGCCGGACGGCGAUCAUCGGAGGGCUGCUGAACUCGCUGGGCUGGGUGCUGAGCGCCUACGCCGCUAACGUGCACUACCUCUUUAUUACCUUCGGAGUCGCAGCCGGCUUCGGCAGCGGGAUGGCCUACCUGCCGGCCGUGGUCAUGGUGGGGAGGUACUUCCAGAAGAGGCGCGCGCUGGCCCAGGGCCUCAGCACCACCGGGACCGGGUUCGGCACGUUCCUCAUGACGGUGCUGCUGAAGUACCUGUGCGCGGAGUACGGGUGGCGGAACGCCAUGUUCAUCCAAGGCGCCGUCUCCCUGAACCUGUGUGUCUGCGGCGCGCUCAUGCGGCCCCUCUCUCCUGGGCUGGACGGAGAGGACCCGGGAGGGAAAGAGCCGCACGUCCUCCGGGCUCACUCCACGGAAUCGGUCGGGUCCAGCGGACAGAUGGGCGGAGCGGAAGAGAAGGGUGGCGGCCCGGGCACCGAGGACGCCGUCGGGGACGCGGCAGCCCAGGCGUGCCCGGAGAAGGCGGCGCUCGGAAAGAACAUGUGCGCCCUGCGGGUCCUGAAGGCGGUGAGCCAGCUGACCGUGCGGGUCCGCAGGGGCUUCCGGGACUGGUACUCCGGCUACUUUGGGGCCGCUUCGCUCUUUACUAAUCGGAUGUUUGUCGCCUUUAUUUUCUGGGCUCUGUUUGCCUACAGCAGCUUUGUCAUCCCUUUCAUUCACCUCCCCGAAAUAGUCAAUUUGUAUAAUUUAUCGGAGCAAAACGAUGUUUUCCCUCUGACUUCGAUUAUAGCAAUAGUUCAUAUCUUUGGGAAAGUGAUCCUGGGCGUUGUGGCCGACCUGCCGUGCAUCAGCGUCUGGAAUGUCUUCCUGAUGGCCAACUUCACCCUGGUCCUCAGUAUUUUCAUUCUGCCCCUGAUGCACACGUACGCUGGCCUGGCGGUCAUCUGCGCCCUGAUAGGGUUUUCCAGCGGUUACUUCUCCCUGAUGCCCGUGGUGACUGAAGACUUGGUGGGGAUUGAGCACCUGGCCAACGCCUACGGCAUCAUCAUCUGUGCUAACGGCAUCUCCGCCUUGCUGGGACCGCCUUUUGCAGGGUGGAUCUAUGACAUCACACAAAAAUAUGAUUUUUCCUUCUAUAUAUGCGGUUUACUUUACAUGGUAGGAAUCCUCUUUCUACUUGUUCAACCAUGUAUUCAAAUUAUAGAGCAAUCCAGAAAAAAAUACAUGGAUGGUGCAACUGUUUAGUGUCACGCUGUGUUCCAUGUUAGGUUUCUCCGUCAUACUCAUGCCUACCUCACAUGACUGCUGUGAGGAGCCUGGGACCCAUCAUGGGAAGGUUACGGUUGUCCGGUAACCGGCACUGUCAUUUGUGAAUGCCACUGUCCUGGCUUCGUUUGAGAGCAGCACUGCCUUUCCGUGUGGGGAGAGGCAAUGCUGGCAGGUGUUAAAGACCACAUACAUCUCAGAGAGAACAGUGUCCUUCAAAGUCCAUCUAUUAAAUCACUGGGAGAAAUGCCCUUACAAAAACUGUCCUCUCUCGCCAGCCACUAAGACUAGGGUUUUAGAUACAGCGUUUAAAACAAAGACAAAGAAUGGAAGCUUUUCAACCCACCUACUUCUUUCUAAGGUGAAAAUAAGGUACCUAAAUGCUUCCGGAAUGCUCACAGAUACAGGUCUCCCCUGCUUUUCAGAAGUGCUUUCCACCACUUCGCUUUUACAAAAGACCUACAUUGCUACCUGCUUCUCUCACCGGAAGAAACCCAAAGAGGAUAUUCGCUUUUAUGAAAACGGGUGAAACGCAUUCAGCGUUUGUUUUGCAGUAAAUCCUUACAGAGGCAGUGCAAGCCCCCAGCAGCAAGAGUGGUGCCACCAAGCUCCUUCCCGGGAACCACACGGCAUCUCAGCAUCAAGUCGCAGUAGCUUUGAACUGUGUCUGUGAGCAUCUGUGCUUGAUCUCGGUAUAUUUUGUGCAUCCAUGAACAAGAUGUGUACUAAGGUGAUUGCUUCUGUGCUUUAUGCCAUUUCAAUUAAGGUUUCAUAGAACGCUCUGCUUUUGGAUAGAGGGGGGAACCUGUAAAUGGGUUUUAAGCACAAGAAUAUGACUAGAAUUCAGAAAUUGCUACAGGGAGCUAUUGCUCUACCAAUGUAAAACAGAGGCAGGCUCUAAUUUCAAAUAUGCUUAGUACGGUUAAAGAAAUACAGUUUAUAUUUUUAUUAAAAAAUCCAGCAGCUAGGGAGUACCAUUUCUAAAUCUUCCUCUAAGAAGAGCAUUUGCCAAUAAUCCAAAUUCAGUAUUAAUCCAGUUAUAAACUGAAUCUUGAGACACAACCUUAAUAAAUAAUAUUAAUAAUUUCUUUAGUGAAAGUCAUAUUUGUGCACACGACCAUUGAAUCAAGGGCUAUGAUUCAAGCACUUUUAUUUAUUUCAUUGGCCUCAGUUUAUGAGCAUGAUCUGGGGCCAAAAGAAAUUUUUUUUCUGAGUUUCUCCUGCCCAGUAAAUAAAAUAGAGAAUGAAUUGCUGGUUGACAUGCAAAGUUGGUGGUUAAAUCAUUUGUAAAGCAUGUUACUAGUCCAAAAUAUAAGACUAUCAAGUUGUGAUGGUAAUAAACGAAAUGCCCUUGGUCCAAAUGUCUGUGCACUUGACAUUGGAGCAGUGGUAAAAAAACAGCCCUUCUCCAGUGCCUCUUGCUGUUAUAUGGACAAUUCAUUUGCCUGAGCUCAGCACAGUUUUUAAAAUUGUCCUCUUGAUUGAUUUCAUACUGAAAAUAACUAUGAUCCAUGACAUCAAAUAAUGCUCUUCCUUUAUCUGAGAUUUCUAUUUUUCUAAGCCAAACAUUUUUCAGACUGCAGAAUGUUCUUCCCAGAACCAUUUUGAAAUUUCUGGCUGUCUUACUUGUUUACACAUAUUUUAGAACUAUUUAAAUUUCCACUCACAAUUUGCUCAUCACACACACACACACACACACAAAUACUUCAAUAUCAUUGCCAGCGUCUUGGGUCAAAUUUAUCUAAAGUGAGUACAGACUAUUCUCAGUUAUCCUCAGUAAUUAGAGGCAGGCAUGAUACUAGUAACUGGAGUCACAGAAUGUUACCCCCGCCUAAUUUUAGCCAGCAGUUUCAGUGUUUUACUCCAUCAAAUCCUUUAGAGCUCUUAACAGGUGAUUACAUGGACACAUUACCUUUUUUGUUUCAUCACCAUUAGUUCCUGCUCUAAUGUCUACGGGGAGGGGAUGUGUAAUGAAAGGAACCACCAAAAUAACAAUAAUAAUAAAAGGCAGCUAAUGGAAAAGAGAAACAAAAGCAUGGCUAAUACACACACGCAGUAUUACCUCCAAUGAUUCGAGAAUUUCCUGUAAAUUAUUAUAGAUAAUAAAUUGCAUGUCAAACUCUGUUUGGUCCAGGACAACAACCUGUUUGUUAUGACUGCUUUGGCUCCUGUAAAGAAUCCAGCUCUCUGUUUUGAUAAAGGUAAUCUUAAAAGCUGAGGCAAUGCUCUCUCUCUGUUUACCAUCAAAUUAGGAAUGAUUGGAUUGAAAAACAUGUUGUCUGUUUUAAAACCGGCAUUAUUUCCUUACUUUCAUUUGCCAACAAUACCAAAUUAACGAGAGGAGGUGUUAAAUAUCUGGAAUGGUGCUAUGCAGCCAAUGUGUUCUGAUGCUCGCACUGCGAGUUGUGCAUCAUAAAUGUAAGUGUUUUGUCCAACGAUCUGGCUUUAGUUAAAUAUCCAAGUUAGACCUGCUCAUGUUCAGUCUGUACAGUUGUUUGUUGAUUUACCAUAUUCCUGAAAGUGGUGAUUUCUACCAAAUCAGAAGCCCCUAUUUUACAAAAACAAAGUAAAACCCACUUGCAAUAUGUGUGUUGUCAACAGGAAAAAAAAAAGAGAAUGCUUAUAAAGAAUUACAGCAAGUACAAUAAUAGUUCCUGUUUAAAAUAUUAUUUACAGUCCUUUGGAGAUAUUAUAAAGGGUUGAUUGUAUAUUUAUAUCACAUGUGUUUUAGGUUUCCCCUCAUGUGU